CAGAUCCGGGGCUCAAGUCAUUCCAGUGGGCGAAGUAAGUCUUGGUCUGCGGGUAGACGAUCAACAUCCUGGGUAGAAAAUUAAAAAGGAACAAUCGAAGUGGUGCAGAUACCCUUAUCAUUGUCCUAAAUCAGCACUUGACCGGCCCACUGUCAUCCAGUCACAUGCUUCUGGGAGGGGAGCAGGAUUGCUUUAAAAGGGGCAUCUGGUGCCGGGAAGCAAAGCAUCUACUGAUCCGCACAGGACAAUCUAGACGUCAGCAAAAUGGUCGAGUGGACAGACUUCGAGCGCGCCACCAUCCAGGACAUCUUCGCCAAGAUGGACUAUGAGUCUGUGGGCCCUGCAGCUCUUGCCAGGUGCCUGGUCGUCUACCCCUGGUGUCAGAGGUAUUUCGGCAACUUUGGAAACCUCUACAACGCCGCCGCCAUCAAGGGAAACCCGAUGAUUGCAAAACAUGGAACAACUAUCCUCCACGGUCUGGACCGGGCUGUGAAGAACAUGGACAACAUCAAGGAAACUUAUGCCGAGCUGAGCGUGCUGCACUCCGAGAAACUGCACGUGGACCCUGAUAAUUUCAAGCUGCUGGCUGACUGCCUGACCAUUGUGGUUGCAAGCAAGAUGGGCAAUGACUUCACUGCGCAGGUCCAAGAAGUUUUCCAGAAGUUCCUGGCUGUGGUUGUGAGCUCCCUGGGAAGGCAGUACCACUAAAGAGCUGCAACAGAGGACCAUCACAUGAUGACAGGCU